AUGUCGGAAGGUGAAAUAAACAAAGAGGCAUUGGUGCAGGGUACCGUUGAAGAAAUGGUUGAUUCUACUAUAUCAAAAGAAGAUGAAGACAAAGAUAUAGAUAACAUUGAUUCUGAGUCAACAAAUAUAUCUAAUAACAUUGAAAAUGGUAGUGUAAAAGAUGAUUGUGAAGCAACUGUUGGAACAUCUAAUGAAAUAGUAGAAAAAGAACCAGAUGAAUGUGAACAAGAAGGUGAGAGAAUAAAUGGUAAUGUAAUUCCAAAUGGUGAUGGUAUUGAUCCUUUAUGUCCAGAUUAUAUCCCUAUACUUGAAGUUAUGGAUAUUGAGAAGAAUUCAUUUACUCGUGUGAAAUUGUAUGUACUUUGUGAACAAAAAAUAUGGACGGAUAAAGGUACUGGGCACGUUGCUAUACUAGCUCAUCCAGAAGAAGAGGAUUUAAAUUAUAUUGUUGUAAGGUUAGAACAGGAUGACAGAAAUGUUUUGCAGAGGAAAAUUUUAAAAGAUACAAAUUAUGAAAAACAACAAGAUACUUUGGUUGUCUGGGCGGAAGGAGAAAAUAUUAAUUUAGCAUUAAGCUUUCAAGAAAAAGAUGGAUGUGAACAAACAUGGGCUAACAUUGUUAAGGCUCAAGGUCGUAAUCCUAUGGAGGUAGAAGCUGAAUUGAGAGCAUUAGAAGCAAGAGAUAACAGUAGUUUAAAUUCUUCUGGUGUUAAUGGAAGUUCUAUCGCUGGCGAUGACAUUGAACUUCCUCCUUGUAAUCUUGGUAGUUUAAAUCAUUUUGAAACAUUGUUGUCUAAUUCACUAAGUACACCGGUUCAGCGGGAAAGAAUGGCUAUUGCAAUUGAAGAAUCUAGUUAUAUAAAGCAAUUAUGUGGAAUAUUUCAAUUAGCUGAAAAUAUGGAGCAUACUGAUAAAUUAAUUAUUUUUGGUAAAAUUGUAAAAGGAUUAUUUAUGUUAAACAGAAGACCUAUUGUUGUUGAAAUGUUGGAUACUCAGUAUGUAAAGGAUAUUGUUGGAAUGUUUGAAUAUGAUUGCUCUUAUGGGGAACAAAAAAAUCACAGAGAAUUUUUAUGGAAAAAAUCAAAUUUUAAAGAAAUAAUUCCUAUAAAUAAUGAAGAUGUUAAAAGACUUAUUCGGCGAUCAUAUAUUUUACAAUAUAUAUUAGAUGUUUGUAUGCCACCACCAUCAAUGUUUGAAGAUAAUUUAACUUUUCAAGCAACAAAAUAUCAAUUAUAUAUUCGGGUAAAAAUUGUCUGUUCACUUAUUGAUGAUAAAAUUUUAAUGAAAGAGCUUUUUACUCUAUUGCAAGAUCCUAUAAUUGAGGAACAGAAACGUUUGGAGUUAAUGAAUUUUUUAAAAGAAUUUUGUUCAUUGGCUAGAACUUUACCUGACUACAUGGCUCAGUCUCCGGCUGGUUGUGAUUUUCCUUCAAAAGGUAAAGAACAAUUUUUUUCAACCUUAGUUGAAUACAACUUUUUUAAUAUCAUUCCGGUGUGUCUUAAAUCAACUAUUUCGGCAACAAGAAGUAUAACAAUAGAAUUAUUAAAUUACUUUUUAGAAAAUAAUUCUAAAUUAGUUAGAGAUUUUAUGUAUAAGGAUAUAGAAGAUAAACUUUCUAAAAAUGACAAAGAAGGAAUGAUAAUAAAUAUGAUUAUUUCACAUAUUUUUACGGAUAAAGAUGCAGAGCUUUAUAACGCUAAUCAGUGUUUGUCUGUGAUAAGAGCACUUGUAGAAUGUUCGUUGCAAAGUCAUCCAUUGGUUGGGGGAUUUUUCAAUCAUUGUUUACCCGUGUUAUGUCAACCCCUAAGUGACAAUCUUUCAAAUGGAAAAAUUAUUAAAGAAAAUUAUUAUAUUGCAAACAAAAUGACGUUAAUUAUUAAUUUUUUUACUUUCUGUAUUGAACAGCAUGGACCAACAGUGAUUCGUUUAAAUCCUGCAAUAAGUACUAUAAUAAUUAAUGCCGGCUUUUAUAUUCGAAAUCUCAUUGUUAAGACUUUCGAAGAGAAUGGACCACGGUAUAAUCUAUUAAAUUCAGCUAUCUUAGACUUUUAUGAGCAUAUUGCCGAAGAAAAAAUGACUGAUUUAAUAACAAUAACAGUAGAAAAGCACUUUGAUGCUUUUAAAAAUAUUGGAUAUGUUAAAACAUUUAGGAAAAUUUUAGCUGCUUAUGGUGAUCAAAUGAAUUCUAGAACAACUUCUGGUUCUAGUACGGACAGUACAAGUAUGAUUUCUAUGACACGAAAUUUAAUGAAUCCCCAAUGGAGGAAAGAACAAGACAUGGAAUCUGAUGAGCAAUACUUUGACAAGGAUGACGACGAAUUGGAAGAUUCUGAGAGCGAUGAGACGGAGACUAGUGAUGAGAAGAAUACUAAAGUAGAUGAAUUUCAUGAAUCUAUUUCUAAAUUUUCUGACAAAUGUUCAUCUGAUGAGAUUUCACCUGUUUUUUCAGGAGGUGCAGUUGAACCAUUAAAAGGGCAUGGCAUAACAUUUAAAUUUGAACGUAAAAUUAUGGAUAAGAAAGAAUCAAAUGGUGAUGAAUAUUCUGAAGGUGAUGAAGUAAAUAAUUAUAAAAUAUCACUUGUUAAAUACGAUGACUCUGAUGAGGAUGACUAUGAUGGACCAUGGGAAGGAUCACAAAAGGUUUCGUCUAUUGAAAAAAGCAUUAAUGAAAUUGAUGACAAAGACGAAUCAACAAAAGAAAAUUAUUCUGAAACUUUGGAAAAUGAAAGCCAUUCUAAAGGAGUUAAUGUUGAAAUUUCUUUGGAAAACAAUGGUGUUUCCUGUUCAUCUGAAAGUAUUUCUCUAGAUUCCGAGUCCGAAAUAAAGUCAACUAUUGAUGAAGUGGUUGGAGUAAGUGAAGAAAGUAACAACAUUGUAAAUGAAAAUUUAGAAAAAGGUUCAUCUGAGACUUUUAGAUCAAUUACUCCUGAAGGACAGAAAAGACGUCGCUCUGACACUAGAGAUGACUUUUUAUCAUCUAUCAAUGAUAAUGAUAAUGAGGAUUCUUCAGAAAAUGUGUUAGAAACUGUUGAUGAACAUUCAUCACCUGUUAAAAAACGUUGUCGCCUUGAUGAGGGAGAUAAUAAUACACAAUCUGAUGCAAAUGCCAAUCCAACUACUUCUCAUUCAGCAUCACCUACAGCAACAGUUUAG